AUGCGAGCCACCUACCUCUCCGUCACCGAUGAGCACGUCAACACGGAGAGGGUCGAGGUGGAAACCCACGGCGUACACCACACGGAGGGGGGCUGGCCCAAAGACGUCAACCCGCAUGAGAUGGAGCAAACCAUUCGCUUCCGGAAGAAAGUCAACACGGAGAGGGUCGAGGUGGAAACCCACGGCGUACACCACACGGAGGGGGGCUGGCCCAAAGACGUCAACCCGCAUGAGAUGGAGCAAACCAUUCGCUUCCGGAAGAAAGUGGAGAAGGAUGAAAACUACAUCAACACCGUCACACACCUCGGCACCCUGAUGGAGCACUGCAUCAAGCAGAACAACGCCAUCAACAUCUACGAGGAGUACUUUGGAGAGGAGGAGAUGGCCGAGGUGGAGGGCGAGGCCCCCUCUGCAAAAACCAUCAAUGUCAUCAGGGAUCCAAACAUAACCAAAAGGACAGCCACGCAUCUCUCCUGGCACCCCGAUGGAUGCAAGAAACUGGCAGUAGCUUAUUCCAGCCUGGAGUUCCAGCAAAACAUGAAAGACAUGAGCUUUGACUCGUACAUCUGGGAUCUUGAAAACUCCAACAAGCCGGAGCUGGUUCUCAAGCCGUCAUCCCCUCUCGUGAGCCUAGAAUACAACCCCAAAGACUCGCACAUCCUGGCAGGCGGAUGCUACAAUGGGCAGAUCGCUUACUGGGACACAAGGAAAGGAAGGCUGCCCGUGGAGGUGUCCACCGUGGAGUUGAGCCACAGGGACCCCGUGUACGGAACGAUCUGGCUGCAGUCCAAAACCGGCACCGAGUGUUUCUCAGCCUCCACCGACGGGCAGGUCCUGUGGUGGGACAUCCGCAAGCUGUCUGAGCCUACCGAGACGCUGGUCUUGGACAUCACCCGGAAGGGGCUCCUGGAGAAUGCUCUGGGCGCCAUCUCGCUGGAGUUUGAGCCGACCAUGCCCACCAAGUUCAUGGUGGGUACAGAGCAGGGCAUCAUCAUCUCCUGCAACCGCAAGGCCAAGACACCCCCCGAAAAAAUUGCCGGAACCUACAGCGGCCAUCAUGGGCCUGUCUACGCGCUGGCCAGGAACCCUUUUUACCCAAAAUUCUUCCUGACGGUCGGUGACUGGACUGCUCGGAUCUGGUCAGAGGAGAGCAAAGAAUCGUCAAUCAUGUGGACCAGGUACCACCUCUCCUACCUGACCGACGGGUGCUGGAGCACUGUGAGGCCAGCUGUCUUCUUCACGACCAAAAUGGAUGGAACGCUGGACAUCUGGGACUUCCUCUUCAAGCAGAAUGACCCCUCCCUCAGCCUGAAGAUCUGCGACGAGCCCCUCUUCAGCCUGCGUCUGCAGGACAACGGGUGCUUCGUCGGCUGUGGCUCGAAGCUGGGCACCGUCACGCUGCUGGAAAUCUCCUCUGAGCUCUGCACCCUGCAGAAGAAUGAGAAGACCCUGGCCACGGCUAUGUUUGAGCGGGAGACAAAGCGGGAGAAGAUCCUGGAGGCCCGGCACCGGGAGAUGCGGCUGAAGGAACGCGCCAAGUCAGAGGGCCGGGACGAGGAGAGGAAGGAGGAGAGGCUGGGGGGGGGGUCUCACCAGGGGGUCGGGCGGCGCAAGGAGUUCUUCGAGGUCAUCGAAGCAGAGCUGCAGAAGAGGGCGCAGGCGGAGGCCAAGCGCUUGGGUGCCAAGGAGAAAGACUAUACAGAUGAUAUGAGAGAGGAAGAGGAGGAAGGAGAGAGCAAGAUGCCUGAGUAUGAAGAAGAAGAAGAAGAAGAGGAGGAGGAGGAUGCUACCAAGGUCAGCUAA